AUACCUCGUCGAGGGUCCGUAUCUUUGUGCAAUCAUCAGACGUGCUCUUGAAAUCACACCACGAUGAACUUUGGACAACCUUUGACUCCCCAACAAACUGCGAUCUACUUGCGUACCCUUCCUGCGAUUCGAGAACGAUGCAACAAGGUUCAUGAACUCGCCAAGCGAGGAGAGCUGCAAUACUUUGAAUAUCAUCCUGAGAAAGAAGAAGAUGUGGCUACGUUCUGCUUGAGUAUAAUUCAGCAGGACUUUGGCACGAAUUAUGCCUCAAUUCCUCCUCACGGUCGCUGGAGACAUCUCGAUGCCGGCCGUCCUCGUGUAGAACCUCUGGUAGCCAAGUGGAAAGCCUCAUCUAACCCACCGGACACCAAAGAGACAUGCCGACGACUCAUCGAUCUCUUCCUAGUCUCCGUAUUGCUCGAUGCUGGUGCGGGCAAUACUUGGACUUACCUCGAGAGUCAGUCUGGAGAGAAGUUCGCUAGGUCCGAAGGGUUGGGCGUGGCAAGUAUCAAUAUGUUUGAGGAGGGAUUCUUCUCUGGGAGUGAUGCUAACCCGCAUCAAGUGGAUGCGGAAGGCCUGUCGCGUAUCACGACUGAAGCAACCGCUUCAGCCAUGCAAGUUAGUGAGACUAACCCAAUGGUUGGAAUUGAGGGCAGGACAUCUUUGCUUCAGAACUUGAGCAAAGCCUUAAAAGCCAACCCGACCUACUUUGGUACUGAUGCACGUCCGGGAAACCUUGUUGACUUCCUGGAAAGCGAGUCGAAAGCCGACGCCUCAGGACGAAGAGUUCAUAUCUCUUCCCUCUGGGGUGCACUCAUCGAAGGUCUUGCACCUAUAUGGCCUGCAACCCGUACGACCCUAGGCGGUAUAUCUCUGGGUGACGUAUGGCCUUGUGAUGUGUUGAAGCCUACUGUUGUCAACGAAGGUGAUGAGCUGGUUCCCUUCCACAAGCUCACCGGCUGGAUCACAUAUAGCUUGAUCGAACCUCUUGAGAAGAUCCUACACUGGAAGUUUGAUGGUAUUGAGGACCUGACUGGUCUUCCUGAGUAUCGAAAUGGUGGUUUGCUCCUCGACCUCGGCGUUCUGAGCAUCAAGGCGGGAUCCAUUCCUUCUUCCUUCUAUCCUGAUCCUUUUUCUGGUAUUCCUCGCUUGCUACCGUCGCAUCCUGCCAUUGUAGAAUGGAGAGCACUUACUGUGAUUGAACUUGACCGUAUUGCCGACGCAAUUCGCGCGAAGCUCGGUCUUACUCGUGAACAGCUUACACUCGCUCAAGUGCUCGAAAGCGCCACUUGGAAGGGCGGUCGAGAGAUUGCCAGACAGAAACGACCUGCAACAGGUGGACCACCCAUCGACAUUGAGAGUGAUGGAACGGUUUUCUAGAUAAUUCAGUGGAGACAAAUAAGUAAGGAAUCCAGGUAAAAGGGUAUCUACAUGUAUAAGUAGCUACGAACAUACAAAGCAAUAGGUGGAUGGAUUAUGUAGUGAUACAAAUUGAGCACGAGGUGUACAGUAGGAAGUCCGAAGACGAAAACAGAAGUGUGAUGCUAGU